AGGGUCGGGGAAAUAUGGCGUCUCCAUGUAGCAGAAGGUUUUGCUUACUACCACAUUCCCUUCAGACAUAAACGGAGCUGCUAGACAGGUUCACGGGAUAAUCUGUGAACAGAAUUUCUAUAUUUAUAACUAUUCAUGAGUCAGGAUACGGACGUUGUUUCAGUGCCCAUUCUGGGCAAGGAAGCUGUCUUUGUCGGCUUUAACCUGGAGCGACGCGUUUGCGAUUUCCUCAUUGAGAAUGCAAAGUCCUCGGCAUACGUGAUUGUUACAGACACAAACAUUGCUCCUCACUACUUGGAAAAAUACACGACAGCUCUUUCAGAAGCUGCCAAGCGUCAUGGAGUUGCUCCUCGUAUUCUUACUCGGGUAAUUCCCCCUGGUGAAACGUCGAAGUGUCGUUCUAUGAAGGCCGAGAUUGAGGACUGGAUGCUGUCUCAGUCCUGUACUCGUGACACUGUCCUUGUCGCCAUGGGCGGCGGUGUUAUUGGCGAUAUGGCCGGUUAUGUUGCUGCAACCUUUAUGCGUGGUAUUCGAUUCAUCCAGCUGCCGACUACUCUUUUGGCUAUGGUCGAUUCCUCCAUUGGUGGAAAGACUGCUAUUGACACUCCAAACGGUAAGAACUUGGUUGGUGCUUUCUGGCAGCCUUUGGCUGUUUUCGCCGAUCUCAACUUCCUCGAGACGUUGGAGCCCAGACAAUUCAUUAAUGGUAUGGGUGAGGUCAUUAAGACGGCUGCUAUGUGGAACGAAAAGGAUUUCUGUCUCCUUGAACAAAACCCCACCGUUAUUCUUGAGGCUGUUCACCGUCCUCGCGUCCCUGGACAAUUCAAGUUUGAAAACAUCCGUAACCUUUUGCAGAAGAUUAUUCUUGCUUCUGUGCGUACGAAGUGUGAGGUUGUUACUUUGGAUGAACGUGAAGGUGGCCUCCGUAACUUGCUCAACUUUGGUCACUCCAUCGGUCAUGCAUACGAGGCCAUUCUCUUCCCCCAGAUCUUGCACGGAGAGUGUGUGUCCAUUGGUAUGGUGAAGGAAUUGGAGCUUUCCCGUUACCUUGGCAUUUUGAAGCCUAACGCUGUUGGCCGUGUCACGAAGUGUCUUAUGUCUUACACCCUUCCCGUUAGUGUUCAUGAUGCUCAUAUUAAAAAGUACGCUGGUUACAAAAAAUGUCCCGUCGAUAAGCUUAUUCGCAUCAUGGCUGUCGACAAGAAAAACCAAGGUUUACAGAAGCGUGUUGUCAUCUUGAAGGCCGUUGGUGAAACUUAUGAGAAACACGCUACCGUCGUCUCUGAUGAGGAUAUUCGCGUUGUUCUGUCUCACGAUAUCCAGGUCAGUCCCUUUGACAACAGUGUUUCGGAUGUUGUUGUCACUCCUCCUGGCUCCAAGUCCAUUUCUAACCGUGCUCUCAUUCUUGCUGCCAUGGCUAAGGGCACUACAAAGCUUACGAACAUGUUGCAUUCGGACGACACUCAGGUCAUGAUGGCUGCCUUGGAAGAACUCGGUGCAGCUACUUUUUCGUGGGAAGACAAUGGAGAAACGCUGGUUGUUAACGGAGGCGGAAAAUUCAAAACCCCUUCGAAGGAGCUUUACCUCAGUAACGCCGGUACCGCUGCUCGUUUCUUGACUACUGUUGCUGCUUUAGUUGGCGAGAAUGAACAAGGCGGCGAGGUUGUUUUGACCGGUAACCACCGGAUGAAGGUUCGUCCUAUUGGCCCAUUGGUUGACGCUUUGCGUGCCAAUGGAUGUUCCAUUAGCUACUUGGAACGCGAGGGUAGUCUUCCUUUGAAGAUGAUUCCCCAAAACGGUCUGCGCGGUGGUGUCAUUGAGCUUGCUGCCACUGUUUCCUCGCAAUAUGUCUCAUCGAUUCUCAUGUGUGCUCCUUACGCCCAAGAGCCCGUUACUCUUAAGCUUGUCGGCGGAAAGCCCAUCUCUCAACUCUACGUUGACAUGACUAUCGCUAUGAUGAAGGGCUUCGGCGUCAAUGUCGUCAAGUCUGAGACGGAGGCCUACACCUAUCACAUUCCCAAGGCCAACUACACGAGCCCUGGCGAUUAUGAAAUUGAGAGUGAUGCUAGCUCUGCAACUUACCCACUUGCCUUUGCUGCCAUUACCGGUACAAAAUGCACCGUUCCCAAUAUUGGUAGCGCAUCUCUUCAAGGUGAUGCUCGUUUUGCCCGUGACGUUUUGGCUCCUAUGGGCUGUACCGUCGAACAAACUCCUACGAGUACAACCGUUCAAGGUCCCCCCAUGGGUCAAUUAAAGCCAUUGGAAAGCGUCGACAUGGAAACUAUGACUGAUGCCUUCCUGACCGCUACUGCUUUGGCUGCUGUUGCUUGCAACUCCUCUGGUAACGAGCACAUCACCCGUAUUACUGGUAUCGCCAACCAAAGAGUCAAGGAAUGCAACCGUAUCGCUGCUAUGGUUCACGAACUCGCAAAGUUCGGAGUGAAGGCCGGUGAACUGGAGGAUGGUAUUUUCAUUCACGGUCAGUCUUACAAGGAUUUGAAGACCCCCGAAGAAGGUAUUUAUACUUAUGAUGACCAUCGGGUUGCUAUGGCUUUCAGUAUUCUUACUCUUGUCACUCCCAAGCCGACAGUCAUUCUCGACAAGGCUUGUGUGGUUAAGACCUGGCCUUACUGGUGGGAUGUUUUGCGCAACUCCUUCAAGAUUAAACUGGCUGGCGUUGAAUCCAAGGAGACGGUCAAGUCUGUUAAGCUCACCAGAUCCCGCGCUUCCGUCAUCCUUAUUGGUAUGCGUGGUGCUGGAAAAACUACUAUUGGUAGCAUUAUUGCCGGCCAGUUGAACAUGAAGUUCUUGGAUUUGGAUCAAGAGCUUGAAAAGAAGCUGAACACAACCAUCCCCGAUCUUGUUAACACUCGUGGUUGGGAUGACUUCCGUCAAGAGGAAUUACAAGUUUUGCAAGAAUUCAUUGACACCAAGUCUUCUGACUUUGUUGCUGCAUGCGGCGGGGGAAUUGUCGAGACUCCUGCUGCCCGUGAAUUGCUUUGCAAGUAUGUCAAGGAAGGCGGCAUCGUGCUCCAUAUCCAUCGUAACCUUGAUCAAGUUUUGUCUUACCUUUCCAUUGACAAGUCUCGUCCUGCUUAUGCUGAUCGUGAAAGCACCAAGAAUGUUUACCUUCGUCGUCAUCAAUGGUACCUUGACUGUAGAUCCCAUGACUUCGUCAGCCCCACCAUUGAGUCAGGAAAUGUUCAAAGCAAGCUUGAGACUAGUAUGUCUCGCUUCUUGCGCGUGGUUACGGGCAAGAGCACCUGGUUCGAAAAGGCCAUUCAAAAACCUCACUCUUUCUUCCUUUCUCUCACUUUCCCUAACAUUAAUGAUGCCAUUUCCUUCUUGCCUGAGGCCAUCAUUGGCUGUGAUGCCGUAGAAUUGCGCGCUGAUCUCUUGGAAGACCCUAACUCUACUACUGGUUAUCCUUCCGUUGAAUUCGUUGCCGAGCAAUUCGCUACCCUUCGUGCCGCUAUCGACUUGCCCAUUAUUUUCACUGUGAGAUCCAAGGAUCAGGGUGGACGCUUCCCCAAUGCUAAUGAGAGCGAAGCUGUCGAGCUGAUGUUGGCUGCACUUCGCUGGGGCGUUGAUGUUCUUGAUCUUGAGCUUGGAUGGUCUACUGAGUCGUUGCAAGCUAUUUACGCUCGCAAGGAAAACACAAAAAUUAUCACUUCGUGGCAUGACACUGCUCAACGUUGCUCUUGGGCACAACCCGAUGAAUGGUUGCAAAAGCUUGAUAUGGCUACUGCCUUUGGCGAUGUUGUGAAGUUUGUUGGUAUUGCUAAGUCUAUGCAAGAUAACUUCGAUCUUGAAAAGUUCCGCAAAUCCUUCAAGGGAUAUACGAACAAGCCUUUGAUUGCCAUCAACAUGGGCACUGUUGGUCAACUUUCUCGCGUCUUCAACAACGUUCUCACCCCUGUAACUAGCCCUGCUCUUCCUUAUAAGGCUGCCCCCGGACAACUGAGUGUCAGACAAAUCAUUACGGCUUUGAGUUUGAUGGGCUCAAUUUCUCCAAAAAAGUUCUAUCUUUUCGGUACCCCAAUUCAACACUCUAAAUCGCCUAUUUUGCACAAAACUUGCUAUGACUUGACUGGCCUGCCCUAUACUUACGAUCUUUUUGAGACUGAAAGUGUCGAGGGUGUGAAGGAUGUUCUUUCUCAACCAGACUUCGGCGGUGCUAACGUUACAAUCCCAUACAAGUUGGACAUUUUGCAAUACUUGGAUGAGUUGAGUGAUGAGGCCAGAUUCUUGGGUGCUGUCAACACUGUCGUUCCCAUCAGUGAGAAUGGCAAGAGAAAGCUCCGUGGUGACAACACCGAUUGGCGCGGUAUUGUUCGCACCUUUGUCCGUGCUGGUGCUAAUAACCUGAAUGGUAAGAAUGCAUUGGUCAUCGGUGCCGGUGGUACUAGCCGGGCUGCUAUUUUCGCGAUGCACAAGCUUGGAGCUAAAAACAUUUACCUCUUGAACCGUACUUUGGUGAAUGCGGAAAAGGUUAAGGCUGUUUUCCCCGAAGAGUAUAACGUGAAGGUGAUCGACCACACGAAACAAUCCGAGAUUUCCGAGUGGACCAAGUUGCAAGUUGCAGCUGUCGUGUCCACUGUACCUGCCGACCGCCCCCUUCCCGAGUCUGUCAGCAAAGUUAUUGACGCAUUACUGAGCGAAAUUCCAGCUCAGAAGAAAGAACAAUAUGUAUUUUUGGAUAUGGCUUACAAGCCAUUGAAUACUCCCUUGAUGAGUGUUGCUUCUAAACACGGCUAUACAUGCAUCAAUGGUCUUGAAGUUUUGCUUCAACAGGGACUCGCGUCCUUUGAGAUUUGGACUGGUCUUGCCGUCCCAUUCGAACACGUUUUUGGACUUUACAUGGUGCUUUGUGCCAAGGAACACAACUAGAUUUUAAAAAAAAUAGCGAUUUAAGUGAGUUUCCUCUAACGAUAAUCUCCUUCGAUUUUACUCAACUACAUACUUGCUAAUUUGCUGCAAAGUGCAUCCGUACUGAUAUAACAUUUGAUCCACUGAGGGUGAGGAAAAUGGACGCACUUCUGUGACAAAUCUACCAAUACCACGCAAAUCCAC